AGUGACGCCCCCCCGUCCCGGCGGCGGUGGUGGUGACGGGCACGGCCGGAGUCAGCGGGGCUCCGUGAGGGACCGGGGCUGAGCCGGGGCUUCAUGCGGGACCGGGGCCGAGCCAGAGUUCCGUGAGGAAGCACGGCUGAGUGAAGCUCCGUAAGGGACCGAGGCAGCCGCGGUCCCUCGGCCUGACCCCGCCGAGACGGGGCUCCAUGAGGGAGUGGGCUGCAGCAUGGCAGAAGCCUCUGUCUCUCCACUGAAGCACUUUGUGCUGGCCAAAAAGACCAUCACUGCUAUUUUCGACCAGCUGCUGGACUAUGUCACCGAGGGAGCAGCGUUUGUGGAAGCCACAUACAAGAAUCCAGAGCUUGAACAUGUAGCUACAGAAGAUGAACUAGCAAAAAUACAAGCAUAUAAAAACAAGUUGGCAGUCAUUGGAGAGGUGCUCUCACGGAGGCACAUGAAAGUGGCAUUUUUUGGCAGAACAAGCAGUGGGAAAAGUUCAGUCAUUAAUGCAAUGCUGUGGGAUAAGGUACUUCCCAGUGGGAUUGGCCAUACAACAAACUGCUUCCUCAGUGUGGAAGGGACUGAUGGAGAUAAGGCUUAUCUUAUGACAGAAGGAUCAGAUGAAAAGAAGAGUGUCAAGACAGUCAAUCAGCUGGCUCAUGCACUUCACAUGGAUAAAGAUUUGAAGGCUGGCUGUCUCGUCCAUGUCUUUUGGCCCAAGUCAAAGUGUGCCCUGCUGAGAGAUGAUUUGGUUUUAGUGGACAGCCCUGGCACAGAUGUCACUACAGAACUGGACAGCUGGAUUGACAAGUUUUGCUUAGAUGCUGAUGUGUUUGUCUUGGUUGCCAAUUCUGAAUCAACUCUCAUGAACACGGAGAAACAUUUUUUCCAUAAAGUGAACGAACGACUUUCCAAGCCAAACAUCUUCAUCCUGAAUAAUAGAUGGGAUGCCUCUGCAUCAGAACCGGAGUACAUGGAAGAUGUGCGUAGGCAGCACAUGGAGCGCUGUCUGACUUUCCUGGUCGAUGAGCUCAAAGUUAUUGAUCCUGUAGAAGCAAGGAAUCGCAUCUUUUUUGUUUCAGCAAAAGAAGUUCUGAGUGCCAGGAGACAAAAGGCCCAAGGAAUGCCAGAGGGUGGUGGAGCACUUGCUGAAGGAUUUCAAACAAGAUUACAGGAAUUUCAACAUUUUGAGCAGAUAUUUGAGGAGUGUAUCUCGCAGUCAGCCGUGAAAACCAAGUUUGAACAGCACACUAUCAGAGCUAAACAGAUAAUAGAUACUGUGAAAAACAUUAUGGACACCAUAAACGUGGCAGCAGCAGAGAAAAGAGUCCAUUCCAUGGAGGAGCGAGAAGAUCAUAAGGACAGGCUGGACUUCGUUCGAAAUCAGCUGAACAUUCUGACAGAAGAUACCAAGGAAAAAAUCAAACGCGUUACUGAGGAAGUCGAAAGUAAAGUCUCCUCUGCCAUGACUGAUGAGAUUUGCCGGCUUUCAGUUUUAGUUGAUGAAUUUUAUUCUGAUUUUCACCCUUCUCCUCAAGUAUUGAAGCUCUAUAAGACAGAACUGAACAAACAUAUAGAAGACGGUUUGGGAAAGAACCUGGCUGAGCGCUGCUCCAGUGAAGUCAACCAGUCAAUGCACCAGUCCCAGCAGGAGAUUAUUGAAAAUCUGAAACCAUUGUUGCCUUCUAGUGCUCAGGAUCAGCUCCACCUGCUAAUUCCAUGCAGGAAGUUUGACCUUAGCUAUGAUCUAAACUGUCAUAGCCUGUGUGCAGAUUUUCAAGAGGAUAUCAUGUUCCACUUUUCUUUGGGAUGGACUUCUCUUGUAAACCGUUUCUUGGGUCCUAAACAAGCUCAGAAGGUACUCCUGGGAUUAGCAGAUCCAAACCUACAUAUCCCUGGUCCUUUAGCCAGCACCCCGUCUGCCGCCAGCCUUCCCGCCAUAACUCCCGAGAACGUGCCCCAGGAUGAGUUUAUGGUUCCUUUGGUGUUGAGUUUAGCCUCGCUGACAUCCCGGACCUCCAUGAGCAUCAUCGUUGUUGGCGGAAUGAUCUGGAAAACCGUAGGCUGGAAACUGAUCUCGUUCUCCCUGAGCAUGUACGGGCUGCUGUACCUGUACGAGAGGCUGACGUGGACCACUCGGGCCAAGGAGAGAGCCUUCAAGCAGCAGUUUGUGAACUACGCCACCGAGAAGCUGCAGAUGAUCGUCAGCCUCACCAGCGCCAACUGCAGCCACCAGGUGCAGCAGGAAAUGGCCACUACCUUUGCUCGACUCUGUCAGCAGGUGGAUAUUACUGAGAAAAACCUAGAAAAAGAAAUAGCUAGGCUUUCCAAAGAAAUAGAUCAGCUGGAGAACAUACAGAGCAGCUCCAAGCAGCUGAGAAAUAAAGCCAUUCACCUUGAGAACGAACUAGAUCGCUUCACAAAACAUUUUCUUCAAAAGAGUAAAUAAAAUGUCAUUGUGGAACGUUCCUGGUGCUCCUUUGUAGGGCAAAGUAGAAAUUUUACAGGUGACACUUCUACUCUGUGGAGUCACUUGAAAUAAUUUACAUUUUUAAUGUUACUCUGGGUGGCAUUUUUUGUUGUAAAACUUGGACUCUGAUGGUGAACCAAACUGAAGAGCUGUGGUACUCUUGAGUGUUAUGUUUGUUUUGCAGAUUUUGGGUUAAAAAUUACCUUUAAACACUAAAUUUUUUUGGGCACUUGACAGUAAAACCCCAAAUCCAUGCUAGUUUUCCUGAGUAUGUAGCAGUGGCAAGUCUCGCUUCCUGGCAUCCAGGACUUUAGGCAGGGAGAGAGCUUAGCCCAGUCUCCUGCUUUCACCUGCUAACGAAUUGUCCAGGGAUGGAGAGUGCUGGUUUUCCAUGUGGGUUUGAUUUUGUUUAGUGAAGGGAAGUACAAACUCUGGCAUGGGAAAGGACUCCGGCAAGUUUGGAAAGCAGGUGCCAGUGUGUCGGGCAGCAGUUCCUCUUCUUUAAAGCAGAGCGAAAGAUGGGGGUGAACGGCAUAAGGAGAUGCAGUGGGCCACCUCCUUGAGCCAAGAGGGCACUGGUUAAGUAAAAGUGGACCUAUUUCUUGCAGUUGGUAGCACAGUGAAGUGAUCCUUUGCCUGUGAGCACAGGGCUAGAGCCAUGGUCCAGUGAGCUCAGGUGUGCCACCACCCCGAGCUCACAGCCAGGCACAGCAGGCUUUGCUGAGAUGGUCUGGACAGGAUUGGUGCAGGUUGGGUAGGGAAGUUCAGGGUGUCAGGACGGACCUGGAGCUCCUGCUGCUGGCUUCAGGGAGCAGGACAUGGGGAAACCCCAUCACUCCCUGACCAGUGCAGCUGUAGGGGGUUCUGCUGUAGAACAGGUCUCCUUUAGGUCAGACUCCAGGCAGCUGUGCUGGAGUCCUUUCUUGCUCACGUGCAGCAAAGCCUCUUUAAAAAGCUUCUGCUGUUGCUGUCUGCAGUCAUUCAACAUCUACUUUUUUCUAAACUAGACUUUUUAAAAUUAUUUUAAAAGAAAAGCCUUUUCAGAGUAUUUAUAUAUUUUUAUGGCAGUGUUAAUAUUGACUAAAUUAAAGAUUCAGCUCUAAGGGAUAGGAGCUUGCUAUGUUCCAGUAACUAAGGGCUAUCUCAUUAAGAAAUAGAUGUAAGAUGUAAUGCUAGGGGAAGACAACAGUUCCAGUGUGUUCAGGUGUUUGUUUGUUCUGACUGUGCAUGGGGAGUCCUGGGGGUUUGAAGAAAACUCUGGCAUCCACCAGUGAGUUAACAGCCCAGCUUUGGUGUGGGUGAGGGCACAGCUGUGUGUAUCAGUGCUCUGUUUGUGGAGCAUUUGUAUUGACAUUGUAUCAAGAUAAAACUUUCAAUGCAUGUGUUCUACAGUUAUUUAUUAAAAAAAAGUACUACCCCUG